UUGUGCGGAUAUAUGGAUAAAAUAUGAAAUCACCCGAUAGUAAGAUCUUCAGAUGGGUGAUAUUUCCCUUGUGUUUUCUAUUAACCUUACUUAAUUACGUCAAUGUGGAUGCACAAUUUACAUCCAGUUUCUAUAAUUUCGAUUCAAAUACUGUACCCUUCAUAUCCCGGACGGCGAUGAAUAGGGCUUUUAUUAGAGCGAAACAGAAAAUUCUUCACAAGAGACAGCAUGAGAAAACUCUAACAACGCAAGGCAGGGUUGUCAAUCCGAGUUUGCACCCUGCUGUAGCCAGACAUCAAAGAUUUACAAUGACAUAUCCUAGAGCUGUUAGCUUGGAAAGAGUUCGAGAAUUGUUCGAAGGAGCCACAGAAGAAUUAGCCAAUAGUGGAACUCGUUUUAGUAACUUAGCUUUAAUGGCUCUUAACAGAGAAGCGAGCCACUACUUUUUAAUCCUACNAUGCUAUCCUAUUAUCGUUCCGGAAGAUGAUCCAUUUUAUUCUCAUUUCGGUAGAACCUGUUUGAAUUUUGUACGUUCUGCUAUGUGCGCUCUUUAA